AUGGUGGAUUUAACUGGUGAAAUCACUGUUAAAUUAGAUGGAUUAAAUCCCGGUAUAACCUAUGAAGACCUCCAAGAGAAAUUGUCUUCUUUUGAGUUGAUAUCGAGUGACAUUCCAACGUAUGAGGCGGACACUGAAAUGGGGAAUUGGUAUGUUGAGCUUCCAACAAGCAAUGAUGCCUUUCACUUAGCAAGUUCUCGCAAUUGCACGCAGAUGGCUGGGACGACGAUCCACGCCAAAGUAGAUAAAAACGAUUACACCCAAUGCACCGUCUAUCUGAUUGAUAUUCCGAGUGCAAUGAAAGCAAAGGAUCUUCGUGAAGAGUUAAAGGAAUACGACAUUAAAAGAAUUCGUCAGGUCAUUUCAAAGAAGGGGAAGUUGAAGGGACACGCCGCAAAACUUGUUGUGAAGGACUUAGAAACAGCUAAGAACAUUCGACUGGCAUUCAAUGGGAAAAAAAUAGGGCGGUUAAUUUUUAGAGUCAUUUUGUAUGACAAGAACGGGAAAAUUAUUAAUGUGUGUUGUGUGUGUGGAGAUGUAGGGCAUUUGCUCGAAAAGUGUCCUGUCAAGUUGGAGGAAUUCAAACGAUUGCGAGAGGAAAAAAGAGCACAAAAGGUCGAAGAAAAUCGAAAACGCCAAAUGGAAAAAAACGAGAGGAACAAACAACUCUUCGAAGAAAAGAAAAAUCAGGGCGUCGUGCGUAAGCAAAAUAUCACGGAUGAAGAACGAAAAGAAAAACACAAAAAAAUGCAAAGACGCAAGGAACAAGAAGGACAAGAAUCAAGUGAAUGA